AUGGCAGGCCUUGAGGAGGGGCAGCCCAUGGACGCGGAGGAGCUCAAGCGGGCGCAGCGCAAGGCCGCGCUCCUCCAGGGCAGUGAGUUGGUGGAGGACGAUGAUGUAGAGGUCUGGAUGUCCCAGCGGAAGGAGUUGAAGCAGGCGAAGGUGGCCGACUGGGAGACUCUGGAGCUGGACCAGGAGGCGCUGCGGAAAGAGCGGGCCCAGGAGCUCCGCGCGCUCACCACGCAGCAGCGGCGGCUGCGUGCGCUGGCGGGCCAAGGCGACGCGGAGGACGCCUCGGACGGCGAAGAGGACCUGGAGGAGCUGCUCACGAAAGCGGCCGCACCCCAAGAGAAGAUCGCCAUGAACCUCUUUCAGCCAAAGGAGCGGCCGGAGCCCAGCGCCCCGCCCCGGAUGGAAACGCCCAGCGGCCCCGAUGGAGCAGGUCAAUCGAAAGCCGAGUUUGGAAGAGGCCGAUCCACUGUGGGCGAACUGGCACGUGGCAAGUCCACGAUGGGCGCUGAGCUGGGGGGAGGAGAGACGAAAGCGCUGGGAAACGACUUGGGAAGAGGCAAGUCCAGAGUAGGCGAUGAGCUUGGAAGAGGUCAAUCGAACGCUGAGCUGGGAAGAGGCAAGUCCACGAUAGGCGCUGAGCUGGGACGUGGCAAGUCCACAAUAGGCGCUGAGCUGGGAAGAGGCAAGUCCACGAUAGGUGCUGAGCUGGGAAGAGGCAAGUCCACAAUAGGCGCUGAGCUGGGAAGAGGCAAGUCCACGAUGGGCGCAGAGCUGGGAAGAGGCAAGUCCACGAUGGGCGCAGAGCUGGGAAGGGGGGAGUCGAAAGCAGAGCUGGGCAGGGGCAAGUCCGUCGGCGACGACCUGGGACGUGGCAAGUCCAAAGAAGGCGAUGAUGAGCUGGGAAGAGGCGCCUCCUCAGCUCGAAGCAAGUUCGGCCAGCAGGUAGCACGAGGCAGCGCGUCCGGUGCCCAGCGGGCCGCGCUGGAGGCGGCGCAGGCGGCGGUGGCGGCGGCGCAAGAGGUCUUGGAGGCACAGGCGACGCCGGAGGAGGUUGAGCCGCCUCCAGAGCCCUACCAGGGACAGGUCUUCGCUGGCAUGCCGGUGAUCCCUCGCGGCCUUGGCACGCCGCGACGGGAGAUGCUGGCAGGCGAAGUCUACCGGAGCUCGCUGGAUGCGCCAAUGGUUGAGAAUGAGAAUGGCUUGCAGUGGGGCCAUUUCUCCCAGGCAAAGCCGCACUACCGCUCCAAAGAGGAGCCUACACUUCGGAGGUGA